AUGAAGACUUCAUCAUUCAUCGUCGCCCUGACCCUGGGCCUUUUCGUUACUGCUACUCCUGGGCCAAUCAUGAAUGGCCGACAGAUAUCCGAGGCUCGUAGAGGUGGUAAGAAUCCUGGCAAAGGUCGACAAGCUGGUGUGCGCAUCAAAUGGUUCAGGAAUUUGCGAGUUGCUGCUCACAAAAUUAUUUUCAUCAGGCUACGUCCAGUAGUACCACCGCUGGCGCCACCGCUACCCAAAUUGCCGCUCAAAAUUCGACUGCAGCUACUGGAGGAAAUUCUGGAAACAACGGAGGAGAUCCUCAGACUUCCCUCAGUGCGUACAAUUCAGAGUCAACUUCUGAUUCCCACUUAUUUGGAACGGUAUCAAGCUCUGGAUCCCAAAGUAAUCGCGACAGGGUUCGCAAACAACGGACAAGAUGUUCCCGAAGCUGGCCAAGUGGCGUCGCUCACAUCGUCGAACAACUUCAUCAACUUCUGCCUCACGGUGCCGAACCUUCCAAUUACCAACGGCAAGCAGAUCACGACAGGUUCAUGCAAUCCCGCUCCGAUGGGAGUUAUUCCAUCAUCCGACAAUAUGCCCUCUGCCAAAUUCACUUUUCCCAAAAAUGGUGAUACUAUCAAGGCGACGACAGCUUUCACCAUCAGCAUGGCUGUGAAAAAUUUCCAGACUGGCGCCUUUGUCAACGCACAGGAAAAUUAUUUCGCAGCUCCACAACAAGUGAAUGGCCAAGGACAGAUCAUUGGCCACUCGCAUGUUGUGGUAGAGCAACUCACCGCACUUGAUCAAACCACUCCCACGGAUCCGAAGACUUUUGCCUUCUUCAAGGGAUUGAAUGCCGCCGCGCAGAAUGGUAUAUUGACAGCUGAUGUCACCAAUGGGCUUCCGUCUGGCUUCUACAAGCUCUCUUCUAUCAACACAGCUGCCAAUCAUCAGCCAGUGCUUGUUCCAAUAGCUCAGCACGGAUCCUUAGAUGAUGCCGUUUAUUUCACGAUUACUGAUAACGGGCAACCUGCGGCAAACGCCGCCGUUGCUUCUGUCAGUGCUACCACUGCAUCAACAACGUCAGCCGCCAGCAGCAAGACAUCAACAGGAACGCCUCCGCCAGCAAAUGGAGGACGAGGGGGUGGGCGGGGCGGCAAGGGUAGGCGGAUGAUCGCUCGCUCUGACUCGGCAAGAGCCCUCUAG